GCGAUAGAAGGAUUCAUCAGUCAUAGGUUAACGUUUUCUUUACCCAUUAACUACCACCGGCUUUUGCCAAAUCCAGCACAGACCCGGACAUACAUCCACAUCGCCGAGCUUGCUGUGUCCGAUCCGAGUUACGUCAAGUGGUUAUAAUACCUACCGUCUAAUCCACCUAAUCCCGGUUUCAUCUCGAAUUUAGGUAUCUCCACCUAGACACUUCUCAUACAAACUUACUUUUUUCUCUUUUAUUUACACACACACACACAUUCUCUCUCUCUCUCUCUCUCGAAUACACGUAAUACCCACCAUCAUAAUGAGUCUCCUCCAAAAGAACUUCACCGCCCUCAUCGACCCGGCCGUCCUCCGGGCCCACCAAAAACCCAUCCUCCUCACCGCCGCCCUCGCCGCCGCCCUCACCCCGCUCCUAGCGUACAUCCGCUCCUCGUACCGGGCCUGGCUCGCCCUCGGCCCCGGCGGCAUCCCCCACCACUUCCUCGGGUGGCUGCUGCAGGUGGGCAUGCGCGCGCUGGCGCGCUCCGACACGCGGGAGCCGCUGCCGCGGCCCUACACGCGCCUCGAGGACGUCGCGGCCGCGUACGGCCCCGCGGGCGAGCGGUCGUACUUCGGCUACUCCGGAACCACCUCCCUCCCGGCCCGCAGCGGCGACCGCCCCGCCGUCCCGUCCUUCGUCGUGCCCCAGCGGCAGACCUCCGACAAGGCGGACGCCGCGACCGUCGCGCGCGAGGAGGCGUUCCUGGACGCGCUGGCGCGCGCGAACCCGCGCGUCUUCGAGGCUAGGGCUAGUCGGCUCGAGGGCCCGCUGCACCGGGCGCUGUGGCUGCGAUUACCUCGGGAAGGAUCUGACGAGGACGAGGAUGACGCGGGCAAAAACAAGCAGAAGCAGGAGGAGCUGCGGAUCCGUCUGGGCCGCGGGGCGGAGGGCGAGUUCGCGCACGUGCACGGGGAAGGCAGCGUGCACCUGACGAUGAGUCCGGGGGACGCGAAGACGGUGAUCGAGAGCGGGUGGGGGGAGCGGCACCGGCUAUCGGGGGUGCUGGGGACGCGGGGGAUAUUGCCGUGGGGCUACGUCCUGGUGUACGCGCCGCGGGACGAGGAGGAGUUCGGCGUGUUGAGGGAGAUAAUACUCGCUGGCGCGAGGUAUGCGAGUGAGGGUGCUGGAGUUGAGGUUGUUGUUCCGGAGGAGUGA